UCCCGAGACCCUGAGGACGGUUAAUGGUGGAAACUCUGGUCCUGAUAUAAAGACUCUCUGCUGAUUGUGUUGGUGACGCAGAGUCUCUGCUGCUGACUGGUGGAACACUGAGGAUUACACACACACACACACACACACACACACGCGCGCGCACUGUACUUCUUGUACACACUGCAAACUACAGUAUACACACAGAGAGGGGAAAGAUCUACAUACAUCUGUAAAUUUAAACACAGAGUAAACUAUUGCAGCUAUGCACUCACUCAAACAAUCACACAAGCACUGACAAACACACACAUGCACGUAGUCUUCAGUCGCGUUACAAGCCAGGGAUCAUGACACCGACGUGUAAGAUACACAGAGCAGCUGAUAGAAAUCUCAGUCUUGUGAUACAGACCACCACACUGGAACGAGCACAACUUGAGUUUGGAAUGGCUGAACUGGUUCGAAUCCGUAAGAAAAGGCUGCAGAUUCCCAUCUCUAGGCUGCGGAGCAUGCUGAAGCAGCUGGAGGAAAAAGAUGUUGAUUUUGAAGAAAUCAAAAAAAAUCUCGAUUUCACUGCGUCAUUACUGGAGGCAGUAUACCUCGAUGGAACAAGGCAGUGUCUGGAGUCUGAGGAUGACCUUCAGCAGCUGCAAUCAGACGGCGUGCCGUCAGAGGUCACUGAUUGGCUGGCGUCCACCUUCACCCAGAGGAUUCGACGCCCUGUGCGACGCUCAGAUGAGAAGCCCAAGUUUCGCAGCAUUGUGCAUGCAGUGCAAGCUGGAAUAUUUGUGGAGAGGAUGUUCAAGAGGGCCUACACAGCAGCCAUGCCAGAUCAACCUGCAGCGGUCGUAAACUGCCUUCGGGAUAUUGAUCGCUGGAGCUUUGACGUGUUUGCUUUGAACUUGGCCAGCUCUGAUCACGUACUACAGACUCUGUUCUUUGAGCUGAUCACCAGAUAUGAGCUCAACAGCCGUUUUAAGAUCCCCAUCUCGUGCCUGACAGAAUUUCUCUCUGCACUGGAGAGAGGAUACUGCAAAUACAACAACCCCUACCACAACCACGUUCAUGCUGCUGAUGUGACUCAGACACUGCAUUGCCUGCUGCUGCGCUCUGGACUCGUGCACUGGCUGACGGAGCUUGAAGUGAUGGCGUCGCUAUUUGCUGCAGCCAUCCAUGACUACGAACACACCGGAACCACAAACAACUUUCACAUCCACACAAAGUCAGACUUUGCAUUGAUCUACAAUGACAGGUCGGUACAAGAGAGCCAUCACCUGAGUGCAGCAUUCCGCCUCCUGCAGGACGAUCAAAUGAACAUCUUUAUCAAUUUGACACGAGAGGAAUGGACGGAGUUGCGAUCACUUGUUAUAGAGAUGGUGUUGGCCACCGACAUGUCCUCCCACCUACUCCAAGUCAAAGCGAUGAAAUCCUGUCUACAACAACAAGAACGGAUUGACAAGCCCAAAGCACUGUCUCUGUUACUGCACACGGCUGACAUUAGCCAUCCAUCCAAGCCCUGGGCACUGCACUCUCGCUGGACCAAAGCCCUGAUGGAGGAGUUUUUCAGGCAGGGUGAUAGAGAGGCAGAGCUCGGCCUGCCCUUCUCUCCGCUGUGUGAUCGAAAAAGCACCCUUGUAGCCGAGUCCCAGAUUGGAUUUAUAGACUUCAUUUUGUAUCCCACAUUCUCUCUGCUAACGGACAUGGCUGAGAAGAUUGUUAUUCCUUUGGUGGAAGAGAACCCGGGUCCACCUGACCCCUGCAACAGACACAGUAAUCUUUGGAAGGAGAGCUCCAGAGGCCUGCAGUGGAGUCUCGCUCACAUCACGGCUGAGCUGGUGAGCUUUCGCUCCACUUGGACACGACACACUGAAGACAACAAGCUCAAGUGGAAGGAAAGUGGCUCGAAUGGAUUUUCAGACCCCAGUGUGACAAAAGAACAGCGAUCCAGACAAGAAGUGCCGUCAGAAAAAUCACUGCAAAACCCCACUACAGAUACACAACAGUAGACAGGACUCCAUUUGUAAUAUGUGUUUGUUUCCUAGCAUAUCUACAAAAGUUAACUGAGGUUACUGUGAGUCACUUUUUGUAACAAUAUCACAAUCUGCCUUUUACUCUAAUACCUGAGAGAUGGAGGAGAAGGGAGGGAGGGAUGGGUUCAGACUAACAGGUAAGAUGCAGUGUAAUCACAGAAAUGUUCUCAUGUCUUACUUUAAGUGUAGUAUUUGACAAUAAUUUAAAUGCAGAGUGUACAUGCUGGUCAUGUUAUGCAGAAUGGUUCAUGUCAUUAAUUUAAUUUGCCACCUAAACACAACAACAGGAGUGUUUUACCUUUUAUUGUUUGAAUUGUACACCCAUCAUUUAACCCUGCAUUAAACCUUAAAAAAA